AUGAUUCUCAAUCGUCUUAAAUACGCUCUUGCGGCUGUCUUGACAGGCAGCUCCACUGCCCUUGCGAUCAAACCCAAUGUCUACGACUAUGUCAUCAUCGGCUCUGGACCAGGAGGAGGUUCUCUGGCCGCCAAUCUAGCUAGAGAGGGACACUCCGUCUUCCUUAUCGAAGCGGGAGGAGACAAUCACACCAGCAUCCUCGAGCAGCUUCCAGCUCUGGCUCGAACUGCUGCCGAGACUCCCGGCCACUCUUGGCAGUUCUUCGUCAAUCACUACGAAGACUUUGAUGCGGCCCGUCGUGAUCCCAAGUACACUUAUAUCCAGACCAAUGGUUCCUACUACGUUGGCCUUGACCCGCCUGAGGGUGCUAGACCUGCCGGCUUAUACUAUCCCCGCGGCUCAGCCCUCGGCGGAAGUGCGCAAGUCAACGCCAUGAAUUUUGCCUGGUGUCCUGAUAAUGAGUGGGACUACAUCGCCAAUCUUACGGGCGAUGCCUCCUGGGGCCAUGAACACAUGCGCCGACAUUUGAUGAAUAUCGAGAACUGUACCUACGUCCCUGAGGGCACUCCUGGUCAUGGUUUCGAUGGCUACCUGGUGAACGACCAGAGCAACGCAACGGUCAACAUCGGGUCUCCUAAUGUCGCCAACUUCUUCUUACAUAUGUUCCGCGAGACUGAAGGCAUUGAUGUCGAAGAUCCCGCCGAGAUGACCGAGCUUCUCCUCCGCGAUCUCAACGGUAUCGACCCUCUUCGCUACGAAAACGGCCUAAUGUACAGCACGCCCGUCGCAAUCGAUCCCAGCACAGCUGCCAGAAGUGGUGCUGGGAUUUACAUCAACCAGGUCAUCGAUGCCGGACACCCUUUGACUAUCAGUUUCCACUCUCUGGCGACACGAGUUCUCACCAAACAGGGUCGCAAUAAGAAGCCCCGCGCCUAUGGUGUGGAGUAUAUGGUUGGUGAAGGGUUGUACUCAGCUGAUGGGCGAUAUGAUCCUGAGCAGACUGGUGAGAUUCGGGAGGUGUACGCUAAGCAUGAAGUCAUUGUUUCUGGCGGCGCUUUCAACACUCCGCAGAUCCUUAUGCUAAGUGGUAUUGGCCCACGCGAGGAAUUGGAAGCUUGGGAUAUUCCUGUUGUUGUCGACCUACCUGCUGUCGGCUCUAACCUACACGACAACUACGAGGUUCCUGUUCAAAUCCGCGGUGAAGAGAAUUGGCUUAUCCCCAGAGAGUCUCCCUGUACUGGUACCUUCGAUGACGAAGACCCCUGCUUCGUACUCUGGCGGGACGACGCGUCGGGACCAUACGCAGCACGCGACAGCAGCUACGGCGCCGUCUGGCGAAGCAGCCAGAGCUGGGACAAUGACUCGGAUCUCAUGUUCCUCAGCAGUCCAGGUCUUUCGGGAUUGGUAGGUUUCUACCCAGGCUACUCAACCGGCGAGAGAGCAGGCAACGAUCCCGCAGAGUGGAUGCACGCUGUCGUCAAGAUGCAGACGAGCAACAGCGCCGGCACCGUUCGACUCAACUCAUCCGAUCCUCGCAUCCGUCCCAACAUCAACUUCAACUACUUCACCGAAUCUGCUGAGCGUGAUCUCGACGCUAUUGUUGAAGGAAUUGAGUUGCUCAGAAGGGCAUUUGACGCGACUGGUGUUCCGUACACGCAGCUCAGUCCCGAUCCCGAGAACCUGAGACAGAGUAUUCAAGACUUGGCUUUCAGCCAUCACGCCUCAUCAACCUGCGCCAUUGGAGCUGAUGACGAUGAGAAGUCUUGUCUUGACUCGAGAUUUCGCGUGCGUGGCGUUGAUAAUCUGCGCGUUGUCGACGCGUCUGUCUUUCCUCGAAGCCCUGGAGGUAUGCCCAACGGUCCGACCUGGACUAUUUCUCGCAAGGCUUUUGAGACUCUCCUGGAGGACAAUCAUUAA